AUGAAUUCAGAAGGAAGCAUGCAAAAGCAAAUCAAAACCCUCAUCUUUAAUCUUUCGGUAUUGACAGAGUUUUCAUUUUCCAUUAGCCCCCAAAAGCGUCCAGUCUCUUUGAAACCUAUCUCUAACAUUGAUCUGCGCUUCCUAUGGUGAAAUAUUUAUUUAGAUCCCAAGAUCACGUUACGCACAAGUGGUUACGAGCUGUUUACCUUGCAGACAUGGAGAAACCAAAGAAUUACUAUGUUCUUAAGGAGACAGAGCCACCUUCUAAGAAGCCUCUUUAUAUCGCUAUAGCCGUUGCUGUCGUGUUAUGCUUUGUGGGAUUAAUUCUUAUCGUGGUUGGUGGAGUUUUAACCUCCAAAGCUAGGAAGGAAUGUCCAACUCAAGUGUCACCUUCUUCUAAAGCGCCUAUGGUAAAACCGUCGACUUGCGAAUACUCCGACGAAGCUAAGCGCGUGGGGUUGGACAAAUUCCUUCUUAAAGUGAAAACUACCUAUUACAAGAUGAAUCCCAACAACGCGGUUUACGAUCCUGAUUCGACGCCGACAACCAUUCGCGAGGAUUUCAGCCCGUACGACGCGCACCCGGAGGCCAUUCGAAAACGGACAGAUGCGGCCAGAGCACUUUAUGAAGAAGCUCAGGCGCUCGACGAAAAGGCAGACAGCGCUAAGAUGAAGCCGCGUGAAAUCAAAGCAAUCGCGCAAGUGAAGCAUUAUCUCCAAAGCAACUUCGGCGCGCCCUACGACGAGAACUACUACGCCGGAGAUUGGAUGCUUGGUCCAAAUAAAUUCUGUUGGCAGCCAAUCUGCGGCGUAGGAAGCGACCUCAUGGCUCAUUUCACAUACAAGGAAUGGGGUGUAAGACCCAAGACGAAGAAGGACUUGAUAUUUGUCGUCGAACAUCUAAAAAAGCUUAACGAUUCCUUGAUGCAAUACAUCGAAAAUGUUAAGUAUGGAGUGAAAGCAGGGUUUGUUCGUUCAGUGGAGGAUUGUCAAGACGGCCUGUAUUCCAUUAAGCGCGCCUAUCUAAAAGUGUCACAACAGGGCCCUCGGGGAGUUCUAAACGAAUCAUAUACUCAAGAUAUGCUCAAUCCAAAAUGGCUGGCUGAUCUACCAGAAGAUGUAUCUAAUGCUUGGGAAAAGGAACACAAAGAAUCUGUAAAGACAUACAUACAUGAAGCUCUUGUGGAGUAUGUGGGGAAACCACUGGACAGCUUGCUGAAAUACUUGGAGUUCGAACAUUCUCAAUACUGCGUCCCCAGUAACAUCUCCAGCGGUCUCGCCACGCUCCCUCUGUCAUAUAUCUACAAAAACGGUACUAACACUGGGAUACCAGCCACUGGAAAACUUCCUAACGGUGACCCGCUGGAUGGAAAGAAAGCCUAUGAAAUGAUCUUACCUUACUUCACUACAAGUAUGGAGAUGACACCUAAUAAAGUUUACAAUCUGGGAAAGACAAUGUUGAAUAAGCUCUAUCCGCGAGCCGUGCAAAUAGCAAAGGAAUUAACAGGGCAGCAGGACGAAAAUCAGGCUGUGGUGGCGUUUAAAAAACGUUUAGAACAACAAAGCAUGUUUUUCAAUGAAGAGAAAAUUCCCGAAAAUGAGAGUAACAAGGACGCAUUCGAGAAGUGCACCAGUAUGGAACAAGCUAAAAUAUACUGUCCUAAGAGAUACAAAGCCAUGCUGACCUGGUUUGACUAUGUUAACACUGUUUUGAGUGACCUUGCCCCGAAAACCAAUCAUAUGUUUCAUUUCACUGGUAAAUAUCAGAGCACACCCAACUGUCCGGUCAAGCUGGUAGCGAAUUUCAACCCAGGCACCGGUUCCCAGAGUUAUAGAUCCAGCAAUAGAGACUGCACCAAAAAUGCACAGUACCGAUUACCGUUCUAUUUGAAAGACAUGGGACCAAGAUACAACGCCAUAUCCGUGGGCGCUCACGAGGCGAGGCCUGGACACCAUACCCAGGUCCAGGGUUUCACAGAAUUGUUCGGAGACAGCUGUGAGGGCGUGAUAAGCUGGUUGAAUGGUGCAUCUUACUACACCGCGUUUACGGAGGGCUGGGCAUUAUACGCUGAGAAUCCGCUCAUCGCCGAAGAAACAGACACGUACAAAAACAACCCGCUGCAGUUGUAUGGUAUGCUCAAGUGGCAGAUUUGGCGGGCUUUGCGCCUGAUGAUGGACACUGGCCUUCAUUACAAAGGAAUGAAGAGGUGGGAAGCACUGAAACUCUUCGCUGAUUAUGCUUGGGACAAAACUGACAAGGCUGUCAAAGACGUGACGCGUUAUCAGAGCGACCCCGGCCAGGCAACUGCUUACAUGAUUGGCCAGUUAAGGAUUUGGCAGGUACGAAAUGACACUAAGGAUACCAUCGAGAAAGGUAAAAAGAGGUUCAGCGAGAAGGAUUUCCAUUACCAGGUUCUUUCCCAAGGAUCCUCGCCACUAAGCUACUUGGAAAGACACCUAUCGAAGUACGCUGAUUGUGUCGUCAAACCUGGUCUCGAUGGCUGUGAAUACAUCAUAGCCAAUCCUUCCAGUGCAGACACUCCUACCAAAGAUGCCGCUUCUAAGCGACCAGCGAAGCCAUUUCAGCCGCGACCCUAUCAUGAACACCAUGAAUAGUUGCACUGGAAUAUUCUCAUUGAGGUAGAGAAUAAAUAUAUAGAGUUGUAUCAGUUUUUAAAAAUAUGAUUUUAUUAAAAAUAGCGUGGUAGCUAUUAUUACAAUUAUCGCUUUUUCAAUGUGACGACGAAAAUUAAAGAUUCUUCAUAAUGAAAAAUAGUCCAAAUAGUAAGAAAGCACCUGAAAUAAAUAGCUCGUAUUGAAAAUCUCAAAUCAUUGGAUCUAGCUUUAGCGGACAAACUACCUUCUGUAAUUGUCCUCAUUUGCAAAUUUUGUAUGUCAGGAGAUGGUGCGAUUUAGCUGCUCCAGUCUCAAAUCAAUAUUGAACUAUCGCAUGUUACAGCAACAAAGAUGUAAGUCAGUCUUUCAAUCAAAUGCUUCGUAUUUAGAAGCUGCUAUAAAUUUUCUGCAUAGUUUAACAUUGAGUGGGCAUUUCAGUUUCCUCAGCUAUUUUGAAGAGAGCUAU